GUGGUUUAACAAACUAAACCGCAAAAAUGGAAACUCAUGUUAAAAAAAUAGAAAUACCAAACGGGGUUCGGUUUCCAAUCGAACACUAUAUAUUACUCUCGACAUUUUCCAUUUCCGCUGACUUCCAUUUUGUAUAGUGUCAGCAGUCGGAAAAAAGAAGCUCCCCCAUUUGAAUGGCGAAACAAGCCGAGAAUUCGAAGCGCCCGUACGUCCGGUCCUCCGCCGCAAAAGUCCACCCCUCCGUCGACCUCGACGCCGACCCCAGCACCUACUCCCUCGAAAAAUUCCGCCUCUACGAAACCAGACAGCGGUUUUAUUUGAUCGGGAGCGAUCGGAACAAGAGAUUCUACAGAGUGCUGAAGAUAGACCGGUCGGAGCCGGAUGAUUUGAAUAUAAGCGAAGAUCCGGUGGUUUACUCGCCGCAAGAGAUCAAGAAUCUGCUUCAGCGAAUCGCCGAGGGAAAUCGAGCCACCGGAGGCCUUACUUUCGUCGCCAAGGUGUUUGGGAUCGCCGGAUGCAUUAAGUUUAUGGAAUCGUAUUACUUGAUUUUGGUUACGAAGCGUAGGCAGAUUGGAAGUAUAUGCGGUCAUGCAAUUUAUAGUAUAGAUGAGAGCCAGCUGAUAACUAUUCCGCAUGUCACGAUUCAAACUGAUAUUGCACAUUCUAAGACAGAGCUGCGGUACAAGAAGCUUUUGUCGAGUGUUGAUUUGACCAAAGAUUUUUUCUAUAGCUAUACAUAUCCUAUAAUGCAAAGUCUGCAAAAAAAUGUGGUAUCAAUGGGUGAAGAAGGGAUGCAGUAUGAAAAUAUAUUUGUAUGGAAUGCCUAUCUAACACAAGCAAUUCGCUCAAGGUGUAAUAACACAAUCUGGACAAUAGCAUUAGUACAUGGGCAUUUUAAGCAGACUAGGCUAUCAAUCUUUGGGAGGGACUUCAGUGUUUCUCUGGUGUCUAGGCGCUCUCGGCAUUUUGCAGGGACACGUUACUUGAAAAGGGGGGUGAAUGAUAGGGGAAGGGUUGCAAAUGAUGUCGAAACAGAGCAGAUCAUCCUUGAUGAAGAAGCUGGUUCAUGCAAGGGAAAAAUGAGUUCUGUUGUCCAGAUGCGUGGCUCAAUUCCCCUCUUUUGGUCACAAGAAGCUUCAAGAUUUAGUCCUAAACCUGAUAUAAUCUUACAGAGAUAUGAUCCUACAUAUCAGGCUACCAAAUUACAUUUUGAAGACCUGGCAAGGAGAUAUGGCAACCCAAUUAUUGUGCUUAAUUUAAUCAAGACUGUUGAAAAGAGGCCUCGAGAAAUGAUGCUGAGGCGUGAGUUCACACACGCGGUUGGGUAUUUGAACCAAAUUCUUUCUGAAGAAAACCAUCUUAAAUUCAUCCACUGGGACUUUCACAAGUUUGCAAAAAGCAAGUCUGCCAACGUUUUAGCAGUUCUGGGUGCUGUAGCAAGUGAAGCACUCGAUUUGACCGGAUUUUACUACAGUGGAAAACCUAGCGUUGUUAAACGGAGGCUCAAACAAAUAAGUCGAACAAGUACCGGAAGGGAAGCAUCUCUUAGAGAUCUGAGAGCCAGUUCUGGGGACCUCCCAAGGUUUGGGAGCAGUAAUGAAACUCUAAAUUCUGCUGUUACUCGAGAUAGAGAUACUGAUCCUGGUCAACCGAAAAAAAAUGAUAAUUUUGGUGGUGAACCACCACACUUUCAAAGUGGGGUUUUGCGCACAAACUGCAUCGAUUGCUUGGAUCGUACAAAUGUUGCCCAGUAUGCUUAUGGCCUUGCAGCUUUAGGUCGCCAACUUCAUGCAAUGGGGUUGACGAACAUACCAAAAGUUGAUCCUGAUAGCACUAUUGCUGCAGCUCUCAUGGAUAUGUAUCAAAGCAUGGGAGAUGCUCUUGCCCAGCAAUAUGGUGGUUCUGCAGCUCACAACACUGUAUUUCCUGAGAGACAGGGAAAGUGGAAAGCCACAACCCAAUCAAGAGAGUUUCUAAAGUCUAUCAAGCGAUACUACAGCAAUGCUUACACUGAUGGUGAAAAGCAAGAUGCAAUAAAUUUAUUUUUGGGUUACUUUAAACCACAGGAAGGGAAACCUGCUCUCUGGGAGCUGGAUUCUGAUUAUUAUCUUCAUGUAUCUGGGCUUGAUGACCUUCUUCCUGAUUUGUGUUCACAGGCCAAUGAAAUGCACUCGGGAGCAUUGGGAAACACUCUUGCUCCUAUUCCAGCUUGCAAAGAAGACUUUUUGAGGAUGAAGCUGACAUCCUUUGACAAAUUGAUUGAAAGAACGUGCAGUUCAAUAAAGAAUGUAAGACUUUGCAGCGAACCAGACCAGAGACCUGGUGGUGCUACUGCAAAUUCUAGUGUGGCACCUGAUGCAGCUGAAAUACAGUUGAAAAGCCCAAAUUGGCUUUUUGGCCAGAGAAAGUAUGAAGAAAGUGGAUCUGCACCAAAAGUUACUUCACAUGAAAUCAUAAAUGGAGGAUCCCAUAAUGACACAGGAGUUGAUGGCUAUUGUGACCUAAAUUGGCUUUCUUCUGGUGGCAAUGAUAAUGAAGAGGAUAUCUUCUUGAGGUACCUUUCAAUGACAUCAGUUGAUGAAGCCAACGGGUGGUAUGGUGGGACUCUGCUAGGUGAUCAAGAUGAAAGCAGUGAGAUAUAUAAGCACUAUGCUGAGUUAUGUCAGGGCCCUGCCAUUGAGCCAUUCCAAAAUGAUCGGGAGAGAGAGAAGCACUAUGCCGAUGCUCUUCACAUGGGAACAAUAAAUAUUCUAGAUGAUGCAGCUGUUGAGGCAGAGAUGGAAGCAGCUCUCAAGGAGUACGAUCAAAUUGGAAGUGAUCUUGUGAGCAUCCCUCCAGCUUGUAAAUCAUUUGCUGAAGAUCCAAGUUGGUUGACGAGAUGGAUUAUUGGGGAGGAGAAGGUGCAAAGGAUUUGAAAAUUCUCUUUCUGAUCUCCUGUAAAGAUAGAUGGACUACAAGAAUUGAACUUUCUCAGCGAAUCAUAAUUGUAUAUAUUAUAGCAUCAAGCAUUGUUGAGCUGUAGUAUGUAGUAAUGUAGAUAUACAUGUAAAUACAAUUGUUCAAAUAUAGUUCAACCUCUAUUGUGCAUUUUUAUAA